AGGGGGUUGUAACGAGGGGGUGCGGCUUGUUUCUUAACACCAAAAACCUCCCGACGAAAUUUUCCAAACCAGCGGCCCAUCGACAGCAAGUUACCGGGUGAUGUUUUGACGGUCGUUGAUACACUUUAGCGUGGAUUUUAAACAUUUGAGACAGCCUCGGGCGGACUGGAUAGCUAAAAUUAACGGAGCUUCUGUGUCUUGUCACUGCGUGGACAGCGUUACCACAACAAGCGGGGCAAAAUGUCCGGAGAGCCGGCUCGCAUCACACUGAAAACGGCCAAAGGGGCGCCGAGUUCAUUCCCGGUGGUUUUAAAGAAAAUAAUGGAAAUGCCUCCGCCGAAUAUACUGGACGACGACGACGACACCGACAAGGAAAAGCUGGGUGUGGGAGAUAGUAUUGACCUGCUCGGGGGAGGCAGCGAUAUGGGUCCAUCAGCCGCCCUGACUCCGGCUAUCUGGAACAAAACCAUUCCCUAUGACGGUGAAAACUUCCACUUGGAGUACAUGGACAUUGAGGAGUUCCUCAUUGAGAACGGCAUCCCCACCAUGCCCGACGAAGACUCCCCAGACACGAAGACGGAGAAAGUAAAGCGGAAGGGCACCAAAUCAGCAAACAUGUCCUCAUUGGCUCUGAUGCCCAUUCAGGACUUGGACAAGAGUGACAAGGAAUUGCUGAUCAUCACCAAGAGCGACUCUGAUAUCAUCUGUGAUGUUACAACAGAGGUGACCACUGACUCUGACAGAGCAACACCCGAGCCCGUCUGCCCGGAUGAGAUCGAGGUCGAUGUCAACUACGAGCCCGAUCCCACGGACCUGGUCCUGUCCAGUGUGCCCGGAGGCGAGCUGUUCGACCCUCGCAAGCACAAGUUCUCAGAAGAAGAGCUGAAGCCGCAACCUAUGAUCAAAAAGGCCAAGAAGGUGUUUGUGCCGGAGGAACAGAAGGAUGAUAAAUACUGGCAGAGAAGGAAGAAGAACAACGUGGCCGCCAAACGGUCACGUGAUGCACGCAGGUUAAAGGAGAACCAGAUCACCGUCCGAGCGGCUUUCCUGGAGCGCGAGAACACAGCGCUGCGGACGGAGGUCGCCGAGCUACGCAAGGAGUGCAGCCGCUACAAGAACGUCGCGAGCCGCUACGAAGCCAAAUAUGGAGCGCUUGACGUGCCGGAAGACCAGUGAACAACACUUUGAUUUAUUUGUUUAUUUUUCUCAUGAAUUAAUAAAUCAAAACGCUAGAAAUUGAUUGAGAAGAUGAAGAAGAGGAGAAGGAGGAGAGGUGCAUGUGUGAGGGCAUGACUGAUGUUGCCAUGGAGAUGCAGUAGUGUGCACCUGAUAUCUAUUUUUAUUUCUUUUUCGUUUUGUGUAAUGAAUUGUGUUUGCCAUCUGAGCGAUACCAGUGUGCGAGGAUAUUAAAGUGCUUCUUCAGUGCACCGCUUUAAUGAGGUGUACCUUUUAUGUUUUGUAUGCCUUUGGCCGAAUGACAGCAUUUGAUUAUUUUUUAUCUUUUUAAAUGACCCGGAAACGCAAUGGUAUUAUAUUAGAUUGUUUAGUCAUUAUUGUAGUAGUGACAGGUUUCCACGAUUUUAACCAGUUCUGAAACCCGCGUCCAUUUUAAUUUUCAAAUUUGGGCUUUUCUUUGCCCACAAAAACAUUUGACUGUGACAUUUCCAAUGAUUUAAACUUCUUCAGGGGUUCACUGUGACGUGGGGAAAAAAAUACAGCCACGUUUACAUCUUUUCAUGUACAGUACGAGUACUCCUGACCAGCAGAACAGAGCUGUACAUAAUCGUUGUUGUGUUUCGUUAAACUGUGCGUGUCUAGCUGUCCGCAGUUUUGGACACCUGCGUUGCCUCUCAGCGGGUGCUUGAUGUUGAUUUGUUCAUGUACGUCAAUAAAGCUUCAGUAUUGUGUAGAAUCACUGAUCCAUGUACUGUGAAUAGUCAUAGCCUGACAUUAUACUUCAUAGACUUCAAACAAUGAAAUGUAGGAGCUGGCAUCUCUCUUUUGAACUGACAUUUGCCUCCAUUAUGACCCGAUGUUUGAUGUCUGAAAAUCUGUUUAAGACUGGCUGCCGGAUGCUGACAGGACUUUAAUUUCAUUAAAGGCAGCUGGAGGGGAAAUGUUGGACUUGUGAAGCCUAAAAACUCACAAACAAGGCUUAACCAAGCUCCCACUUUCCUGUUAUUCACAAUAUAUUUCUUGAAGUGAGAAAUCACAAACGUGUGUCUGGUGGUGUAUGUGCACACAUUUAUCACCCAACAUUUCUUUCUGAGGCUGGUGUCUGUUGCCAACAGUUUUUUUAUUUAUUUUUUUUCAAUCAUUUUUUGACCACAAAACAACAAUGGGUGCAGACUGUUUCUCUCAUCAGAACUCUUAAACCAAUAAAUCUUAAAGCCAUCUCAGAGCAGUCAAUCUGCAGGUUUACAGGGCACAUCCUAAAUUAAAGUAGUGACUUUAAACACAGGAUUAUUUUUACUGUCCACUUCUGUCAAAAAGAGGAAACUGAUAGUUCGCUGCUGUGUACCAUUAAUAGACCAUAACAUUUCAUUUAUUCUGCAUUUUUAACCAAAAUAAAUGUCAUAUCGUGGUCCUUUCUUUAAAAAUAAUGUGUUAAAAGUUCUUUUUUUUUUUUAAAACAUCACAGUGUGCAGUAAAUACAGCUUGAUCUGGUCUUAUAUCGUGCUUUUUGUUCACAUUAACAGACAAAUAAUCUUUGUUGUGGAGUAAAACUUACAGUCAGGGUUGUCACAUUUGUCCACAGUGGUUUUUGUGGAAACUAUUUUACUCCCAAUGUCGUUGAUUUCAACACAGGGGCACAUUCUCAAUCAUAAGGUCGGUCUUAAAUUUGAAUUUUUAAUCCUGACAUGAAUGAUAAUGAGCUCCCUGGCUCGUUUUAGUUUAUUUAAAAAAACAAUGUUUUCUCCUGUCUUAUUGUAUGUUUUAUUAUAUGUUUUCUGCUGUAAUAGAGAUUACAUCUGCCUUCUAUCUGGAACAGGUCAAUUUGUUAACUUUAAGGGAUUGUGUUUAACCUUCCUGGUUCCGUCUUUGUAUUUCUUUGUAAAUAAAAAUCUUGACAUUUUGAGUGUGGCUACCUUUUGUGUCAUGUAUGUACAGUAUGUAUAAAUAAAGCCUUGUUGAGAACA